UUGCAUGCAUGGUUGCAGUUAUACAUCGUGUACAUGGGCGACCGCCCUAAAGCCGAUGCUCCACCUUCCGCACUCCACCGCAGCUUGCUCCACCGCGCCACCGGCAGCCUAAGACUCGCGGCAGAUUCCUUGGUCUACAGCUACCACAGGAGCUUCAACGGCUUUGCUGCCAAGCUGACUGAGUCCCAGAAGGACAAACUAGCCGGGUACAAAGAUGUGGUGUCUGUGUUCCCUAGUGAGAUGAAAAAACUCCACACGACAAGAUCAUGGGACUAUCUGGGUUUCCCCCAAAACGUCACAAGAGCAACCGUGGAGAGCGACAUCAUCAUCGGAAUGCUCGACACCGGAAUUUGGCCCGAGUCCCAAAGCUUCAACGAUUCAGGCCACGGGACCCACACAGCAUCCACCGCAGCCGGCAGUACGGUGACACCCGCCAGCCUCCUCGGCAUCGCCUCCGGGACGGCCCGAGGAGGCGUGCCCUCCGCUCGAAUCGCCGUUUACAAGAUCUGCUGGGCCGGCGGCUGCUCCGACGCCGACAUUCUAGCAGCGUUCGACGACGCCAUCGCCGACGGAGUCGACGUAAUCUCGCUCUCGGUUGGUGGUUCCGCAAAGGAUUAUUUUGAGGACUCCAUUGCUAUUGGAGCUUUCCAUUCCAUGAAGAAUGGAAUUCUCACUUCCAACUCAGCUGGCAACGAAGGCCCCGGUCUUAAAACGAUCUCCAAUUGCUCUCCUUGGUCGCUCUCUGUGGCUGCUAGCUCCACUGACAGGAAGUUCGAAACUAAUGUGAAGUUGGGUAACGGCAAGGUUAUCACGGUGAGAUGGCGGAAUCGUGUUGGUUAUGGUUUUGAUCUGGUUUUUUGUUUUUUGCUGGGUUUCUGA